CUAGCUUGACGCGGCUAGCCAAAGCUCAGAAUGGUGUGGAGCUGAGGGAAAAAGCCGUUAGUUUGUAGAGGAGAAUCCGAGAGCGUCCAUGUCUCGUCCACUCAUGACAACACGCUGACAAAGUUUUUUUGGCAGCAAUGUCGAGAGAAAACACCACCCGGAGUCUGGACAGUAUAGACCUCGCUGCGCUGAGAGACCCAGCGGGGAUCUUUGAGUUGGUGGAGGUGGUCGGCAAUGGAACCUACGGUCAAGUGUACAAGGGUCGUCAUGUCAAGACAGGCCAGCUGGCAGCUAUCAAAGUCAUGGAAGUCACAGAGGAGGAAGAAGAGGAGAUAAAGCUGGAGAUCAACAUGUUAAAGAGCUACUCUCACCACAGAAACAUUGCCACGUACUAUGGAGCUUUUAUUAGGAAAAGUCCUGCUGGACAGGACCACCAACUCUGGUUGGUGAUGGAGUACUGUGGAGCCGGCUCAGUAACCGACUUGGUUAAGAAGACUAAGGGAAACUGCCUGAAAGAGGACUGGAUAGCUUACAUCUGCAGAGAGGUGCUCAGGGGUCUUUCCCAUCUUCACUCCCAUCAUGUGAUUCACAGAGACAUUAAGGGGCAAAAUGUUUUGCUCACAGAGAAUGCUGAAGUCAAACUGGUUGACUUUGGAGUGUCGGCUCAGCUGGACAAGACCAUUGGACGCAGGAACACCUUCAUUGGUACUCCUUACUGGAUGGCUCCUGAGGUCAUCGCCUGUGACGAGAACCCUGAUUCCACAUAUGACUACAGGAGUGACCUCUGGUCUUUAGGCAUCACCGCAUUAGAGAUGGCUGAAGGAGCCCCUCCUCUGUGUGACAUGCAUCCAAUGAGAGCACUGUUUCUAAUUCCAAGAAACCCUCCACCAAAACUUAAAUCAAAGAAAUGGUCAAAACGCUUCCUGUCAUUUGUUGAUAACUGUCUGGUCAAGAGCCACCUGCAUCGACCCACCACUGAGGCGCUGCUGAGACACGCCUUCAUCCGAGACCUGGCUAAUGAGAGACAAGUUCGCAUCAUGCUCAAAGAUCACCUGGACAGAACCAGGAAGAAGAGAGAGAAAGAGGGUCCAGAGUAUGAGUACAGUGGCAGUGAAGAGGAGGAUGACGAGGUAACAGAGGAGGAAGGAGAACCCAGCUCCAUAGUGAAUGUCCCUGGUGAAUGGACGUUGAGACGGGAGUUUCUUCGUUUACAGACAGAAGAUCAUGAAGGUGGCAGAGAAAGAGGUCGUGAUGGAAGUGCUGGUCAACAAAGACAGCAGGUGUUGCAGCAGCACAGACAGCAGCUGGCAGAGCAGGAACGAUACAAGCAGCAGUUGGUUGCUGACAGGCAGAAGAGGAUCCAGCAGCAGCAUGAGCAACGGCAGAAGUUAGAGGAUCAGCAGAGGCAGCAGCUGACAGACUGUGCCUUUCAGUGGGCGGAGCUUCAGGAAAUCUUGCUCGGGGAAGAGUCUGAUCUCCAUGACAACCAAAUCUUAUUGGAUGAGAGAAACAGGAGGAGUGACAGGAGGCCGGAUCAGGCGAGCAGAAAGCGAAGUGCCGAUGUGUCAGUAAGGCCUCUGGACUUCACAGGAGAGCAGAGAGCCGUGGCUCCAAAACAACUGCUUCAGACUAAGUCCCAGCCUCAGCUACAGCCACAGUCCAAGCCCCAGACUGUGGCCCAGCAUCAGCAGCCCUCAGUGGCCAGAAGAUCCCACCGCACCCUGCCCAAGGACCAAACCCAGCUCCUGUCGCUGCAGCACGACCACAGACACAGGGAGAGAGAGAGAGAAAGAGAGAGACAGAGGCAGAGAGAAAAGCCUGUGGCAGCUGUCCAGAAGCUAACAGCUAAAAGUGGGAGCACAGCAGCUGCUGCUGCUGCCGCUGCUGCUGCUGCUGCUGCUGCCGCUGCUGCUGCUGCUGCUGCUUCCUCGCCCAGCCGUCCUGCAAACAGCCAGCACUCAGCGAUGGACGUCCAAGAAUCAAACUUGGCCAGGCUGCUCUUGGCUGCUGGUCUUCCCAGCCAGGUGCACUCAAGGCUGGGCUCUGGGAGCAGCUCUAGUCCUUGUACACCAGCCAUGCAGAGAGCUCAUCUCAGCCAGAAUGCCAAUCUGCGGUCUAGUCGAGACACCCCUCACAGCAGCUCUAUGUCAGAUAUGGCUCUUUCCCCCCUGUCCCCAUUUUCUCCCAUGUCCCUCAGUGAUGAUGUUUUCUGGGACCCGGCUGGUGCACCUCCCAAAGUGCCAGAACGCACUACCUCCAAGUUCUACUGUAGAGAGUUGGUGAUGGGACACAAGAGGGCGGCUUCAAGUGGCGGUCCAGUGUCUGGUGCAGAUAAAGGAGGGAGGUCUGUAUUCCAGGGAGACUCCUCGAGCAGCAGCAGCAGCAGCAACCACCCAGGUUACUUCAAGCUGGAGAGUCCUCUUCUGCAUCACCGUCUACAGCAGCACAGAAACACACAAGAAAACAUAACCAGUGGACAUACACAAGCUGUCAAAUCUGGUCCCGUCCGCCUGAACAAAGCCACAGAAUACUCGUCCUCCAGUGAUGAGAUCAGUAGCAGUGAUGAGGAAGAGAGGAGCAGGUCUGGUCUGUGCAAUGGAAAAGGGAAACACUUCAGAGGAAUCCCUGACGGUAUCGUCCUGCAACCUCACCACAAUCUCCACCAGACCUCACGGAUGGGUUCAGAUGAUAACUACCUGCUGCCAGACCUUCUGCAGAAAACCUCUCCCUCCAGUCCUACCCGUAAUGCACUGGGGCAACAGCCACACACACAUGAACUCAGCUACUCGCAGUUGCCCACAGCCCCUCGAUGCGCCACACAUCAGGAACUCAAUGCAAAUCUGGCUGCUGGCAGUCCUCAUGGCAAAAACACCUCCUCAUCUUCCUCUUCCUCCUUCUUGUCCUUCAUCGAUCCAAGAUUGAUCCCCAUAUCUUCACCACAGAGCCCAACAGGCGGUAAGGAUGAGCCAGUCAAGCGAGAGAACCACAGGAAAGGCUCUGUGGUGAACGUGAACCCGACCAACAUUCGACCACAGAGCGACUCUCCAGAGAUCCGCAAGUACAAGAAGAAAUUCAACACAGAGGUUCUCUGUGCAGGACUAUGGGGUGUGAACUUGUUGGUGGGGACAGAGAAUGGUCUGUGGCUACUGGACCGAAGUGGUCAAGGGAAAGUCUACUCUCUCAUCAGCAGACGAAGGUUUCAGCAGAUGGACGUGCUGGAGGGUCUUAAUGUUCUCAUCACUAUAUCAGGUAAAAAGAACAAACUCCGCCUGUACUACCUGUCCUGGUUGAGGAACAAAAUCCUCCGUAACGACCCAGAGGUGGAGAAGAGACUAGGUUGGACUUCAGUAGGUGACCUGGAGGGUUGUGUCCACUAUAAAGUGGUGCGUUACGAGAAAAUAAAGUUUCUAGUGAUUGCUCUGAAGAACGCUGUGGAAGUGUACGCCUGGGCCCCGAAACCCUACCACAAGUUCAUGGCCUUCAAGUCGUUCAGAUCUUUGCCUCAAAAACCACUGUCUGUUGACCUGACUGUGGAGGAAGGUCAGAGGUUGAAAGUCAUCUACGGGUCUCUGUCCGGUUUCCACGCCAUUGAUGUCGACUCUGGAACACCAUACGACCUAUACUUGCCUACACAUAUCCAGGGUUCCAUUCGUCCACAUGCCAUCAUUAUUUUGCCAAACAGCGCAGGAACAGAGGUUCUGGUUUGCUAUGAAGACGAGGGCGUCUACAUUGACACCUACGGACGCAUCACCAAGGAUACAGUGCUGCAGUGGGGGGAGAUGCCUGCAUCAGUUGCCUACCUUCAGUCUAACCAGGUGAUGGGUUGGGGAGAAAAGGCCAUUGAAUUGAGGUCUGCCAACACAGGAAACCUGGAGGGUGUUUUCAUGCACAAAAAGGCCCAAAAACUCAAGUUUCUAUGUGAGAGGAAUGACAAGAUAUUCUUCGCCUCGGUGCAGUCAGGAGGUAGCAGUCAGAUUUACUUCAUGACUCUUGGACAGAACUCGCUGUUCAACUGGUAAUGACUGGAAGGGUGAACUCUCCGAUCAACUGUUGAUGUCUGCCAUGAUCAUGCUGGGUUCUCCCAGUGAUGCCUUUGCAUAUUUGUGUGGGCGGACGUUGAUCUCCAUGGGCAGAAGACACCAUGGAAGGAUCAACUAAAUACUCCUGGAUCCAUUACUCCUGUCUUCUUUUCAUCUCUCCAGCUGCAGAAAAUAAUGCUUGAGCCUGAAACUCUGCUUCUUCUUCAGCUGAAACGGCACAAAAAUCAACAGUUUGUCUGUGAAGAGUCAGAUCAUGUGAAAAGCAGCGUUGACUUUGCCUUGGAUCUGUCUCGCCCAGAUAUUUGGGUCCUGUUUUAUCAAAAUCCACCUGGAUUCAAACUGAAGGAUUAAUUCAGUUGAUUCCUCAUCAGAGCCACACCACUGGUCAACAUCUGGCCUCAACACUCAUCUUUGCGUCUGAACAAAAACAGGAGUGCGUUCAUUUUGUUCCACAUUCAGCACCACUUCAUCUUCCCUGAACCUUCCAUUGAAACUGUGACUCACUCAUUAUGUGUUGUUUGUCAGUUAUUCACUCAUACUUGCUUCUUCGGCUGUGGAGCAUUACUUGAUGCACAGCUGAUGUUCUCAUCAAGACGAGAAGCAUUUAGUGCGCUUCUCUACUUUUUUUUAACUGUUCCCUGAUCCAUCUUCAUGAAAGCCGUCACUGUGUGCAAAGCAACAAAGACUAGAACGGACACUGUCAACCUCAAUCCCGGACAUCAUCUCAUCAUUUCCAAGUCUGUGUAGGGAUCAAAAUGUGGACUUAUAACAGUAAGUCAUUCCACCUUUUCACGACCAUCACGACCCUGUGUCAUUAUAGAUCCAAUCAGUUGUAUUUAACUGUAUCAUUAGCGAUAAUUAUACUGUCAAACCUAAUAAUGAGAACAAAUGUCAGGAUUAUUAGGUUGAGGGACCAUUGAGAAGAAACAGUUCUCUUAGAUUAUCAGGUCGUGCUUUUCCAAAUUUUCCAAACUGCAAGUUAACUCCUUUCUCUGCUUAGCCUUAAAUCAGCUGCAAAUUAGAAAAAAAUAUAUAUUUUGGGAUUCCUUGGUACCAUUUCUUUUAAGUCCAAGUGUCAGUAUUCACUCUGUUCACAGAUCUGCUUUAUUGUAUUUUAGUCUUUGUAGAGCUGCAAGGACCUACAUUCUGUAUAAAGGUAUACACAAAUACAAGUUAACUCCAUCUAAACAUGCAGUGGGUGAUAGAGCGUUUGAUAUCUUGGAUCUACUCUUUAAAGCCUAUUAGAUGUACAGUAUAUUAUAUUGUAAAGCACUGUUUUCUAAGUAAUGUAUAAUUCACAAGUCAUUUUAUGUACAGUAUGUUUACAGAACUGUAGGCUUAUGAAUGUGGAAUUCUAUCCCAAAACAGAGUUGUUGUGGUCUUAUAAAAGCUGUAAGCAUGGACAUGAGCUGUACCGACAUGUCCAGGUUUAUACACCUGGCUGACAUGUUCAAGAUCAAAUCAUGUGAAGUCUGUUUGGUGAUUGAUUUUCCUCCUAACAUGUUUAUUUCAGGCUCUUUGCACAAUUGCCACCUUGUACAUGACUUUCUGUAAUAUAUCAUAACCUGACAUGGUUUCUAUGUUUCAACAUAGGAAACGUCUAAAGCCAUCUUGCAGUCAGUAUUUUAGAGAUGACUUUGGCUUCAAACUUGUUUCCGACACAACCCAACAUGGGACACACACUUGAGAUUUUUAUUUUAUUUGUUAACCAGGAUCUGAAGAGAUGAAGAUAGGAUCGAAGGGGUUGUUUUAAUAUGUAGAUUGGUUUUGUUAUUUACACAAUGAUCUUCAAAACAAGAAACCAAAGAUUGAGACUUUGAUAGCGGCCCCCUUGAAUCUGUGUGAGAAAAAGUUGAGGGGAAAAGUAUACUGUGGAAGGAAGUAUGGCUGAGUGGCAGCAACUAUGGGAUGGGGAGAUGAAAGGAAGACAUCUACAUGCAAAAGGAAUACAAAAGAGCAGGUCACAGGUGAAGAAUUGGGUAUAGCAUCUUAAAAGGAAUGAUGAGGAAACAUCUGACACUGUCAGGCACAUGUGACUGUACAGCACGUCAUUAUUGGCUGUAAAAAAAAAAAGUGAAUCAGAGAGAAAGGACAUGAUGGAGGUACUGAGACGAGCAGGGAUGACAGGAAGUUAAGUCUGUGUUUGAGUGUGCUGGGAAUGAGCAGGGUAGAAAGUCACAGAAAGAAUAAUGAAGUGGGUAGAUGCAAGCUGCCAUUAAACCCCAUAGAAGAAGAG